CCCAUCGUAGGCACCAACUAGUUCUGUAUUUUUACGGCUCAUUAAGUCAUACGUUGUCAAUUGGAUGUUAAUGUACUUUCCACCCUGGAAGUUUGCAAGCCAAAUUCCAAAGCAUCGUACUUACUCUGAGUAAUUUAACUGCUCAGAAGAUCUUCCAUAACUACGCUGAAGUCAUAUCUAGUCACUGAUGGAUGAGACUUCCUUGAAAUCAAGUCUGCUAUUUUUAGAAAUGAAGAUAUUCUUGCUUGUACAACUGUAGAAAACCACUUCAUUAAAUUCCAGAUUAAACGAAUUACCAGUCCAUUCACUAAAAGGACAUGCAACUAAAACAUGGAAUUUUACAUUGCUUUAUAUACUUUACUUCUCUAAAAUAAAAGAACUAUGAAUUCAGAAAUUCGUCAGUUCAAUCAUCUGGCAAGAAAUAUAAUUUCAAGUAAAUAUUGGACAUGGAGAUACAUAUUAUCCAGUUGAAACUUCAGGGAAAUUUUCAGCUUUUGGACAAGAAGUAAGCACAAACUUAAGACAAAAAGAAAAAUUGCUCUGAUUAAAGCUUAUAUUAAAUAUCUCUUCUAAAUAUGUCGUCUACAAACUCCAGUGGUAAAUCGCAUGAGAAUUUACUGAGUCCGAGGCCAAAAUGUCGAACAGAACCUGUUCCUGUGGAAGUUGGCUACCAUUUCAACAGAGCUACAGCUCAGACUCGAAUAAAACCCAUAGCAUCACAAAAUCACAUGCAUUCUUAUGGAACAGAAAAUACUAUUGGUGCAUCCGAGUCGUUGACAUCGGUUCAAACCGAGAGACAACUUCUGAAAAAUAUGAUCGUUUUAGGCCUGGGUUUCGUGUUUACAUUCAGCGCCUUAACUGCUCUUCAGAGCUUGCAGAGUUCAUUAUUCUUGGAAACUGUUCUUGGAUUGCACUCAUUGAGUGUCCUUUACGGAUUAGCCGCAUUUUCAUGUCUAUACGGUCCGAUUUUCGUCCAGAAACUGACACCAAAUUGGACAGUUGUUCUCUCAUUCGUCCUAAUCGCACUUUAUAUCUCUACCUUCUUCUACCCAAGACCUUAUACCUUAUUACCGAGUGCUGUGCUUCUUGGACUGUCAUUUGGGCCAUUAUUUUGUGCACAAACUACGUUUUUGAUGCAGCUAGUAUCAAGAAUGGCAUAUCUGACAAAUGGCAUAAGAGACAAAGUACAGCAGAGAUAUUUAAGACUAUUCUACUUUUUUUACAACUCUAGUCGCAUUUGGGGACAUUUAGCUACUGCACUCUUACUUAGAUAUGGUGGAGAUGUCUACGUUUUCUCAACAAGGCCACAAUAUCCACGAUUCCACGCAACAGGACCGCAUUUCCCGAUGGUGGACCUGCAUAUGUCACCGUCAUUGUAUGCAACUGUGGCCAGACCCAGUCUGUGCACCUUGGACCACAUCACAGAAGACCAAAUAUUUCGAAGUCCUGCAUCUUAUGUCUUUUAUGUGCCAUCCAAUCUUUAUCUGAUGCUGAUUUCUGUUUAUCUUGGUUUAGCGUUUUUGGGUCUUGCCACUGUUACCACUUUACUGGACAAGUUUGACUUAUACGUAUCACAGGACCCAUUGGAACAACCGCCAAUCCUUCUCAGCUUUAGAAAAGUAGUGUUGUCUUUGAUAGAUCCUCAACUGCGCUUGAUGUUUCCACUUAUACUAUUUAUUGGAUUAGAGCAGGGAUUCAUGAUUGCUGAUUUUACAAGGUCUUACGUGAGUUGCGCCUUGGGCCUGGAAGCGGUUGGGUACACUAUGCUGUGCACGGGAGCUAUGACUACCUUGGGUUCAAUUGCUGCUCAUCAGUUCUUCAAGCAUAUCAAGCGUAUGACAAUCAUGGUCGCUGCUCUUAUAUGUCAUAUUGGUCUUCUUAUGGUCUUAUGGUUGUGGACGCCGGUGAGAGACGACGUAGCAGUUUUUUAUGUCAUUGCCGCUGGUUGGGGAUUGUGCAAUGCUGUCUGGGAGACUUUGACAACUACAUAUUUGACAGCAAGCUUCACUUACGACUGGCAAGCUCCUUUCUCAGUGUAUUAUAUGGCUCAGUGCAUCGGUCUCACAGCUGCUUUCAGCUUUAGUCCAGUAUUGGUGAAUGAUAUAAAGAUCUACAUCAUGGCUGGACUUCUAGUGAUUGCCAUCAUACCUUACAGCGUACUCGAAUUACGGCUUCACAGACAACAGAAGAUUCAAGACAGAUCUGCCGAACUUUAAAAUUUAUGUGAUUUUUUAAAAAUUUUAUUACUUCAUUAUUUAUUCCUCUAAUGAUCUGGUCAUUUUUGUGAAUUAUCAUACAUACCCAUUUAAUCCAAUUUAAGAUGCUGUUAACUACUCCUGUAAUUUAAAAAGGAAUUUUUGUGAAUCUAAACCACCAUCUUGAAGGAAAGCUUUACAUCAAGAUUGAAUGAUUACGUAAUAUUUUAAACGUGUAUCUUAAAGGAACGUAGUAGGUAUGCCAAAAGAUGCAACCAGUUUUGAAUUAACAUAAUGUUUGAUCCAAAAGUAAUGUUAUUUCGCUGUUCUCUGCCAGUAUCAGGGAACAGACUAGCAUAUAAUGUAGCUAAUGGACUGUACAAGAGCGCACGUUAUAAAACAUAGGUUAUAGAAAGAUAAUUUUUCUCUAAGAAAAUGUACAGGUGCACAAAAUUUACUUUAUUUAAAUCCCUCUGAUUGUAUGUAGAUUUUCCAAGAUGAAAACUUGUGCUUCUGUUGCAAACUGCAAUGUUAUAUGUUACGUACCGUGUUGCGUAUUGUUGUUUCAAAUCAGCCAAUUCAAUAAACAAUAGAUACUAAAAACCUAACAGUGCGCAACGUCAUUACAUUAUUAAGUUAUUUUCUUUCUUUCUUUUAUUUUCGCCACUGACAACGCUGAUCCACAGAGUUAGGUUCUUAUCAACGUUUUGGAUCCUUUCAAUGAAAUAAAAAAAAAUUCUUUGUGACUUGAUUAUAAAAAGUAAGAAAUAUUGGAAGAAAUGGAACAAAGAAAGCACAUAAGGACACUAUUACAGUAUUAUAGUAUAAGUUGGACAUACAACUGUAAGGCAAGGGUGCGGCUGCAAGUACAGAUAUAAAGUUGAAUCAGUACAAAUAUUUAAACAUUACAUAUCAAAAAUGCGAAAUAAAUCUCAUUCAAAAUGUAAUUCAUAAAAUGCUAUUUCUAAAAAAAAACAUGUUUGUUUCUUAUGCCAUAUCGAGUAAAAAUAUCAGUCAUGAAUAUGUGUUAGAACAUAAUUAAUCUAUACAGUAAUUAAAAGAUGCAAAUACCUCUUCAUUGCUUAUAUUAAAGAUUUAAGGAUCGCUUAAAAUUGCUUGCACCUUUUAGUGGCACACUCUAUUAUAUCUGAAAUGAAGUAUUAUGACUAUUGCUAGUAAUUUUUUAUUAAAUAACAAAUAUAAAACUUCAGUGAUAAUAUUUAAAAAGUAUUAUUAAAGCAAAUCUACCAAAGCUAUUAUUUCUUAGCUUAUCGUAUUUUUUAUAUCAAAUUCUUAACAACAGACAUAGUGAGUAAAUUUACUGAACAAUGUCUUAAGCUGUAUUCUAAAAUGUUUUUUCAGUAUAAUUUAAAAUGAAAUAUUGAAUGUUUUUCUACACAUAUCUUGUACACCCCGCUAAAACACGAACCUGCAUUUUUUGAGUUGAGAGAAAUAUUUAAAUGUUUUGUGCAUAUAUAGUUCUUUACCUAUGUAACCACCAACUACAAAUUUGAUAUUUUGCUGCUUUCCUCCACACGCUAUUCUUAGAUCAUUUCUCGAAAUUUCACAUUCUUUCCAAAGAGAAAGCGAAUAAUAUUCACUGAAAACAAUAUAAAAGUUUUAACUUGGUUCUAACAUUUCCUAUUUUAAUCAAAUUCCCAGAAAUACUACUUUUGAAUGCGCAUGAAAUUGCCAUGUUGAUGACUCUAUCUAGGAACGACUCUGACUCUAUUUCUCUGAUUCUUACUGAGACUGAGUUCGAAAAUAUGAGAACAUGAUUUAAAAUAUAAAAAUGUUCUACGCAGAGUUCUUUCUUUUUUUUUUCAAAUCUAAAAAUUUAAAUUAAUUAUUCUAGGAAAAAAUUGUUUUCUCCAUCUUAUAUAUUUAAAUUACUACAAUAUGUAAGUGCUCGUAAUCUCAAUUUUAUGCAUAUAAAUUUAAAUAAUUUUUAAACUGGGAUUUGUUUCAUUCUAAAAUUGUUUGAGUUCUGCGAACUCCAAAUUUAUUUUUAAUGUAAGUACAUUCUUUAUUUUUUAUGUAUAUUCGUUUUAUAAUAAGUAUAAUUUGAUAUAGUUUUUACAUGUGAUGUUGUGAUGUACAAAAUCUAGAAAACGGGAUAUCUAAAAGCAGGAACUGUAGAAUUUUCAAGUUGAGAAUGAUAGGUUAAAAACGUAUUCUACGAUUCUAUUAUAUCAGUAUCUAUAACUGUCGGGUGAGAAAUUAUAUCUUACGGAAAUAUUUGAGACGUUUUGUGUGUACUAAAUAAUAUCUUUAUGUUAGAAUUAAAUAAAAUUACACCAGUCAUAUUUUCUCUCUAUACCGAGUCAAGUAUUAUCACUGUGAUAUUUUAUCCUUUUCUACUUUUGUAGUUUGAAACAUUUCAUUCGCUUCCAGAAAGAAGAAAUAAGUUCACUCUAUAUUUUGUAUUUUUGGAACUUAUCUCCGUGAAAUGAUCUUUCUUUUGACAGUGUUUUUUCUCAAACAAUAUUAGAGAAGUUUAUGAACUGAAAUAUAUUAUAUUCACGUAUCAUUUUGGAAGAACACGCAUACGAUCACCACUCUAAUUAGUUUAGCACAGCGUUUAUUAUAAAUGUUCUUUUACUAAAUAUUUAAAUAUUAAGAGAUGUUUCUACUGUUUAUGUUCAUAUUAGUUUCUGUUUGGUUAUAUAUGUUUAGGCCUUUACGUUGUUUAAAAUUUAUUACACAAAUUUGUUCCGUCUUUGGCAAAAUGUAUGUAAUUUCCAGUUAACUAAUAAUGUUUCAGUGUUAAAAAUAACUCUAUUGUUUAAUAAUUUCGUAAAUACGAAACUCCUAAUUAUUUAUAAUAUAAAAAGAAAAUUAUUCAUUUUAGUUUAAUUUGUUUUCUAAUUUACAUCCCUUUUUUGCAUCUUUAACACAAAAUUGCUUUGCGUGUUUACUGCAUGAUAUGUGAUUAUUAUAAUAUUUUCCUUGCCAGUUUUCGCUGCAUCCGAUGGAAACUAGUCAUAAAUGAAGGUUUCAGUUGAUAAAACCGUCUUUGAUGAAAUAUUUAAUAAUUAUCCUCUUGUGCCUUUUAAGACUAAACAUGAUAACUUUUUACAUUCUCAGCUAUUAUUUCUCGAUUUUUGAAGGCAUCUGAAUAGACCAAAUGCGAUUGUUAAGCUUGAAUGAAUUUUUUUUGCGGAGUACAGAUUUUUCCAUGCUGAUUAAUAUGCAAAACUUUACAUUUUUAUUAAUUCUUGUCUAUUCAGUUAAAACUUCUUUCACUAUUUUUAUCAUUUCUCAUGCAGAUUAUCUGAAAUAAUUUUUCCCAAUACUAAUAGUCAGUAAUUUGAAUUCACGUAUAACUUUAUAUGUCAUAAUAAAAGUCAUUACUUAAGUUCGCAGUAUUAUUUGAGUUUAUGUAUUCGUUAACAGUUUUAUAAAACAAAUAUUUGUAGUGAUAACAUCAAAUGACAAACCAUAUGUUUAUUUUUGAUCUUAAAAACGUUUGUGUUAAACGUGGCUGAUAUAGAAAAAACUUUAUCUGCUAACGUUUUCUGCUUCAUAUGGGUAAUUUAUUUGUCAAAGCAAAAUUCUUAAGAAGAAGUUUAAAAGAUUUAAGAAGCAUCAGAAAAUUUAGUUAAUUGGCAAAGUUAAAAUAUGUUGCAAGAAAAUUCACGUAUUUCUUCUGAUACAUAUAUAGUUUUCCAUAUGGAUAGUGAAUUAGACGAAGAUUGAAUAAUAUAUAUGUUAAUAACGAAAACAGAAAAAUGAAAAUAACUAAAGGAAAAUUUUGAAAUUUUGACAACAAAAGUGAAAUUUCUUUAUUUGAUUACGUUAAAUAUAUAAAAAUUUAUUUAUUAAAAUAUUUCCAUGUAUUAAAUAAGCUGAAUGUUUGCUAUAAAGGAACUAUUUUGUGAAAUUAUUGUGAAUUUGGGGUAUGGAAAACUUAAAAAUCUUUAUUGAGAAUAUCUUUACUCAAAAAUUGAAUAUGUACAUAAAAUAGUGUCGCAAUUAAGUUUUUAUUAUUCACAAACUGUCAUUAUUCAGCAUGAUCAUAAUUAAGGUGCUCGAUUUAUAUAUUCUUAUGAUUACAGUAGACAAAUACUUUAUAAUAUUUCUUGUGUGUGUAAAAUAGACAUAGUUUUCUUAUUAAAAAAAGAAUCUUCAGCUGUAUAUUUGGAGUACUUUAGAAAGCCACACCAAAAAGGGAAUCAUUUGCAUGAGCAGUGAAUAACAUUUAAGAAUUAUUAUACCAUUUCAUUUUUCAUUUAAUGUUUGCUACUGUAAAUCACUUGCGUAUUUGAUCUUCUUAUCACAUAAUCCUGUCAAAGUAAUGGAAUCGUGUUAUAUGAUUUUGUCAUGUUUUAUGUGCUUUACAUAUUGAUAACCGUUCUCUAUUUGACUGUGUGUGGUAAUUUUCAUAACUACCGUUGUACAUAAUUACUUCAUAAAUAUGCAUAUACAUUAUGUAUACUGUUGUAUAUUAAAUACAAAGUAUAUUGUCUAUUCAAGCAAAACCAAUUUCUUAACAGUAUUUCCCGAAAAUGAAAAUUAGUUAUUAUUAUUAAAUAGUGUUCAGUGCGCUCUCCGUCUAAUUACUCAAGGUAUCUAAGCUUGCUGUUACAUGCUUUUAUUCUAUCGAAUGGAAUGUAAUAUAUAGUGUUCAAAUUAAUAUAUUCAAGUAGGCAAAAGUGUAAAAAUGUAGAAUGACAAGUACUAUAUAGUUGCAUAAUAUAUUUUCGCGGUUCUUUCAAAGAGUUAUGUUUUUAAUUAAUAAAUUAUAUUUUAUUUAAUUGUUUGUAAAGAAACAAGAAAUAAUCAAAAUGGCUGACCCGAUUUUAAAUGGUUUUAAUUAGAAGUCAUAUAUCUGCAGAGUGACAAUAUAUGAUAUAAAUUUAACUAGGAAUAAUUCAAAUUUAGAAUUUAAGGGUUUUAAAUGACUUGAAAAUACUUUGUCCUACGGGCUUGAAGGACUUCAAAAUUCAUCAGACUGUGUCUAUUAGAAAAAAGCUGAUAUAAGGCAACAGCGGACUAUUCUAUUCUCUGAGUGUGCUCAGUUAAAAUUGGAAUAAAGCUGGGCAAAAUCAUACAUUCAUCGGUCAGGUGCCCCAAGCCCUUGAUCAACGAUUUUCUCACUUAGACGAAAACUAUUCAUGAGAUUGUUCUGGUGACUAUAUAUGCAGAGGCGAUGAAAUUAAGGUAUAUAGCUAGAUGAUAUAACACAGCGACCAAAGUGUUCAUUAUGACUUCAGAAAAAAUUGUUUUCUCCAUCUUAUGUAUUUAAAUUACAGCAAUAUGUAAGUGCUCGUUAUCUCAAUUUUAUGCAUAUAAAUUUAAAUAAUUUUUAAACUGGAAUUUGUUUCAUUCUAAAAUUGUUUGAGGUCUGCGAACUCCAAAUUUAUUUUUUAUGUAUAUUCUUUUUAUAACAAGUAUAAUUUGAUAUAGUUUUUACAUGUGAUGUUGUGAUGUACAAAUCUAGAAAACGGGAUAUCUAAAAGCAGGAAUUGUAGAAUUUUCAAGUUGAGAAUGGUAGAUUAAAAAUUUAUUCUCCGAUUCUAUUAUAUCAGUAUUUAUCAUAGAUCAUAAGAUGUACAGAAACGUUUUCAACUCACAUGAGGACAGAAUAAUCGUUACAAUGAAAUGAUACCACCUAAGAUUUUGUGCGGCAUUCUAAGAUUUGUGGAUUUUCUUUGUCAUCCAAUAUACGUAAAUCAGAUUUAAACUAAUAGGCAAUACGUAAUUGUCGCCCAUAUGUGCAUGGAAUCGGCUCAGUCAUUUUGAAUAAGUCUGCGUAAGCGAGAUGCAGUUUGCCUUUAAAGCAAAAGUAGAAGAACCUUUAACCUUUAGCAUUAAAUUAAAUAAUAUUUUUAUGAGCAUAAAUCUGCCAAUCUGAAGUAAAAGUAAAGUCGAGAAAUUAAAGAUCUAAACUGUACUAAGACAGAAUAUUUGGUUUACAUCCUUGAUACACAAAGUACAGUGCCCGUUAUCCAGUUUCCAGUUGAAUGAUAUCUUAAUAUUUUUGCAUGGUUAAUGUUAAUUAGAUGUUUGGUGUUGCACGACAUUUUGUGGGCUAAAUAAGACAUUCACUCACCAGCUUUGACCAUGAACUGAGAUAUACGUUGCUGUAGUUAUGAGAAAGAUGCCCAAAAGUUUUGCAGAGAUGAAUGGGAAAAGGCAGAAAAACUUCCUAUGAUGAUUAAAAUGAUAAAAAGCUUCCUUUGGCUUUCCUAAGAUUCUUUUCGAUCGAACUAACUUUACAUAACAGUUUAUAUGUUUUCAAUCCAAAGAAUUCGAGUUCUUUCCCCUUAUCUCUGGCUAUCAUUAAUAAUAUUUGUACUAUAAAUUUAAAUAAAGAAGUUCUUAGUAAUUCUUAGCAAAAAAAAAUCUAAAACCGUUUCUCCUUUAGAAUCAUUAUUUUUAAUAUGAUCGCAGUUGUUUAGCUUUUAUUCAGAUAAACAUUUAUCUUGUAAGAAUAUUUUACUUAAACCGCUUUUUUAAUUGAUUAUCUCAAUGAUUGAUACUAUUCAUUGAAACUUUAAAAACAUAAAUAAUCAAAACAAGUUUCAUUCUAUCAAUGCAGUUCUAUUAAAUACUAAAAGUCUUGAAAUAUUGCAUUAUAAAAACAUAUAUGAAUGAAUAUUAAUGACUUUCUUUGAACUUGCAUAAGGUUUUCUCUAAAUUAUUCAAAUCCGUAAACUCAUAUAUAUCAUUCUUCUUUCGUAAUGUAUCGUUUACUAUUCUGUCAUAAAUUAGUAUAUCUAUAUAUAUAUAAUUGUUGUCAGAACUAAUAUGUGUAUGAAUAAAUAAUUAUAUAUAUGCUCAACUUAAUUUGUGUAUGUGUUUGUGAAAUUUAUAUACUGAAAUUUGAUAUUUAUUUAGAAAAGUAAAUAUGUUUGCUUUAACUUGGCUAGUCAUCUCUUUAUCUUAUUUUAUUAUUAGGUUAUUUUGUUUCGCUCUGUUAUUUAAAUUAGAGUAUUAUAAGAAAAGGUAAUUUUAUUAAUUGAGAAAAAGUUUCUACAAUACUGUUAGGAAUUUAAUAUAUAAUAAAACAAAGACUAAUUCGAAUCACAGAUAUUAUAUAUUAAUGGUGAUUAUCGACAUACAGUUGCAAAAUUUUUAAAUCGCGAUUCCUUCUGCUGUACCAAUGUCCAUAUGCUUACCAGUUACAGCAUUUGCCGGAGGAUGGUUGUAUCCAUCGGUCAUUCUGUCUUUCCAUCAUUUAAAAUGUCGUACGCUUUCUUCCAAUUUACGGGAAUAAGGAAAUAGAAAGGAAUUCGCAUAAAUAAUUAUUUUAUUUAUAAGAUCACAAGCAAUAUAAUGUUCAGAAUGUUCCAAUUUAUGUCCAGACUUAAGUAAGAAAGACUUUUCCAUCAAGUCAUCUUGAGAAAUGAUACCUUCUUAAAUGCCUUGGAAGCGCAUAAUAAUUUUCUCUAAAUCUACGUAAAAUUUUACAUAAGGAGCUAUAUUAAGUCAGAGCGGCUAGAAGAACACAUUGUUGUAGGUUAGCUAAAAUUCAGAUGGAGUAUUAAAAGUCCAAAGCGUAGGAUCACAAGUCCACAACAUAGGAUGAAAAGUCCAAAAGUUUUAGUUCAUUAAUUAUAACAUUCGGUAUAUUUCAGAAUUAAAAAACAAUUGAUCUUAGAAUAAAUACUUUUGUUUUCAUGUAAUAGGAAGGAAAUUUCAUCAUAUAUAAAAUUUAAAUUUUCUUAUGAAAAUUUAUCUCAUUAUAUUCUAUUUAAUUCAAAUUCGAAAGAUUCAAAUAAAUCAGACUGCCAUGCUUCUUUGGAUAAAAAAUAAAAUUUCUUUAUUCUUUUUAAUCUUAUACAAAAUUGCGUAAAGACGAGCAAUAACUUAUCGUAAAUUGUCUGCAUAGAAUCAAAUGUUUUAGUACUUUAGCAGAAGUAAUUAAAUGUGAACGCUGAAAAUAGCGUAUUAUUUAUUUUUAAUAUACCCAGAAAUGAGUUAAUGAUUAAACUGGAAAGUACUUUAUUUGUCGGUUGAUUGAUUUUCAUUUCCUUCUUUCAUUUGUUCUUUAUUUCUAUUUUUGCUAUUUUCUACUGAAUACUUUAAAAAGUAAUUGUUUGUAACAAGAAUAAAUUAGCUCAGUACAUGAAGUAUAAAAGAAAAGCAGACUUUUGAAUAAAGUGCAUUAAAAAUAGCAAACAAUUCGUAUUCACUUUUCCAACCCAGAAAAGAUAUAACAUAAAAAUAAUAAAAUUAUUUCCUUAUUCCAAAGGCGGAAAUUCAGACUCAAGGAUUGCUUUUUAUUCUCCCUUGAAGGUGGAGUUUUACGAAAAGUAAUUUAUAUUUAAGAAUUAUUUCCAUCUUCCGGCAAAAUAUUAUUUAUUCGCCGAGGCUCUACCUAAGAUAUUGACAGAAAAAAUAAAUAAAAUAUAACGGUAUCUCGAAUAUUCUCAUUCUAUUCAAUUAUUAAAGAAGUUAUUUUUGUGACUUAAUGUAUGAUAUGACAUAUAUGACUUUUAUGCUAAUAUCUGUUGCAUUCAAAUUUCAAAAUGGUUUAGUGAAAAAUGACAUAUUUUUCAUCUCUAGCUUUUAUUCCCAAUUCAAUAAAACUUCGAAGCCUGUCAUAUGUGUGAAUAAUUAUCACUUUUGAUGUUUCCAAAUCUUUUGUAAUCCAUGCUUUUGUGAAUUGAAAUAAAGAUCUGUAGAAACACUA